CAGCGGGAGUUCCAUCGUUUCGUUCGUCCGUCCGUUCGCUCGCUCGCUCGAUGGAACGAUGAAUGGAACGAUGAAUGUUUCAGCGCUGGCUCGAUUUGUUGCAGGAUUCUGUGUCCUGAGAAUGUGGGGACCGAGGGCCGAAUGCCAGCGCCGGUGCCUGUGCGCACGAUGAUCCAGUCCAGGGAAAAGCAGAGCAUGCGAGGCGCCGCUUGAUUGCUUCCUGCAGUCAUGUGUCGAAUUUGGCGUUCCCAAUGUCUAGAUUUUUUUUGAUGAUGAUGAUGAUGGUCGAUGUCUAGAGGACAGGUCGGGGAGCGAGGGAGCGAGGAGAGAAGGAAGGAGGAAGAGUCGGAGGUUGAUUACGGCCGAGGUUUCUUGCAAGAAUGGGGGUUCCUGCCGCUCCACCAUUCCCAACCGCGAGCUCUGCAUGUCUCUGCAGUGCUCCUGCUCCACCUCGUGUGUCGCAAUACAACUUAAGCUUUGCUUUCAGCAAUUCUUCUUCGGCCGCAAGCGUGUUCAGUCCGCUUUCUCAAUUUUCUUUUAAUCACGGGGCUGAUGGAAGCGAUGGACUGGCGGGGCGAGUCAAUUGCGGUGGCGUGUUGUAUAGAAGUCCGUUGGCGUCGGGUGAUUACAUAGGUAGUGGCAGGAGGAAAAUGCUUACGGUCUGUGGGGUUACAGGGGUUACAUCCGACAAUGCUAGUGUGGAGAAGGACAAAGUCGACGAUGGUACUAACCAAGCAGAUGACCACAUUUGUGGCAAGCCUCUUAGAGGUCGACCGCUUCCGUUUGGCCCGUCUGCCAUGAAUGAUGGAGUAAAUUUCUCUGUUCAUUCCAGUGGGGCUUCAGCAGUAUCCCUCUGCCUCUACACCGAAGCCGAUCUCGAAAAGGGGCAAAUUACGAAGGAGAUUGAGCUACAUCCUGAAUUUAACAAAACCGGAGAUGUUUGGCACGUCUUUCUGCCUGCGAUCGCGCCGAAUCUACUCUAUGGAUACCGGGUAAAUGGGAGAUUUUCGCCUGAGGAAGGAUGCUGUUACGACUCCAACUGCAUAUUGGUUGAUCCUUACGCAAAGGCAGUUAUAAGCCGGGGGCUGUACGGAAUGCUGGGACCUGGUGGGAAUUGUUGGCCGCAAAUGGCUGGAAUGGUGCCGCCACUGGAGGAAGACGAGUUCGAUUGGGAGGGUGAUUCACCUCCUCGACUAAAACAAAAGGAUUUGAUCAUCUACGAAAUGCAUGUCCGAGGGUUCACAAGGGAUUCUUCUAGUGGGGUUGAGCAUCCGGGUACAUACCUCGGUUUAGUCGAAAAACUUCCACAUCUCAAAGAGCUGGGCGUAAAUUGUAUCGAAUUGAUGCCGACUCACGAAUUCAACGAACUGGAGUAUUACGCGUAUAAUCCUGUGGUGCAGGACCACAAGAUGAAUUUUUGGGGUUAUUCUACUAUCAACUUUUUCUCCCCAAUGACGCGGUAUGCCGCAUCUGGUUCCAACAAUUGUGGUCGUGAUGCAAUCAAGGAGUUCAAGACGCUAAUCAGAGAGGCACACAAGCUUGGUAUGGAGGUCUUCAUGGAUGUUGUCUUCAAUCACACUGCCGAAGGAAAUGAAAUGGGUCCCACCAUUUCCUUCAGAGGAUUUGAUAAUCGCGUGUACUAUAUGAUAGCACCAAAGGGCGAGUUCUACAACUACUCUGGAUGUGGUAACACGUUCAAUUGCAACCAUCCUAUUGUUCGACGCUUCAUCAUCGAUUGUCUAAGGUACUGGGUGUUGGAAAUGCACGUGGAUGGAUUCCGAUUUGACUUGGCGUCAAUUUUGACCCGGGCAAGCAGCCUUUGGGAUAGAGAAAAUGUAUUUGGAAGUCCAGAGGGACCAGAAGGAGACGUUGUGACGACUGGGACUCCCUUGAGUGAGCCACCUCUUGUCGAUAUGAUGAGCAACGACCCUGUUCUUCGUGGUGUAAAGCUGAUUGCUGAGGCUUGGGACACUGGUGGUCUUUAUCAAGUCGGCAGCUUCCCACACUGGGGAGUCUGGUCAGAAUGGAAUGGACAGUUUCGUGACACAGUGCGAUCCUUUAUAAAGGGUACAGAUGGAAUGGUGGGAUUGUUUGCGCAGUGUCUCUGCGGUUCUCCACAUUUAUAUCAGGAAAGCGGCAGGAAGCCCUGGCAUAGUGUAAACUUCGUCACUGCUCAUGACGGUUUCACCCUCGCAGAUUUGGUCUCGUACAACGAAAAACACAACGAGGCGAAUGGUGAAAACAACAAUGAUGGCGAGAGUCACAACGCUAGCUGGAACUGUGGAGAGGAAGGAGACACCCACAAUUUUUCCGUUCUGCGGUUGAGGCAAAGACAGUUGAGAAACUUCAUGCUAGCUCUCAUGGUUUCUCAAGGAGUUCCCAUGGUUACUAUGGGCGAUGAAUACGGACACACCAAAGGAGGAAAUAACAAUUCGUACUGCCACGACAACAUUAUCAAUUAUUUUCAAUGGGAUCAAAAAAAUCUAGACGCGCAAGGAUUUUAUCGUUUCUCUCGCCUUCUCAUUAAUUUUAGAAGACAAUGUGAUGCACUGCGUUUGGGAGAGUUUCCAACAGCUGAGAAAUUACAGUGGCAUGGCUCUGUUCCUAACCUGCCCGACUGGUCGGAUUCAAGUCGAUUUGUAGCUUUCUCGCUGGUCGACUCGCAGUCCAAAGAGCUCUACGUUGCCUUCAAUGCAAGUCACCUACCUACGGUAGUGUCUUUACCAGAAAGACCCGGUUUUAAGUGGUACCCUCUGGUGGACACUAGUAAGGCCCCUCCAUAUGAUUUUCUGUCCGAUGACGUUCAUAACAGAACUAUUGUCCUUGCACAAGCCGCGAACUUCCUGAAUAAUAACAUGUACCCCAUGCUGAACUACUCAUCUGUACUUUUCCUUCUUGUAUCGGAUGAUGAGUUUUAGGACAAAAAGCUGUUUAGGCUACAAUUGCUUGAAAAGGUUGUCACCAACCGAUCACAUCUGUGAAACUGUGAAAGGCUGUAUUUAGUUUAGAAGUCAGCGAGCAAGUUCUUCUAGAUUGCUGGCAGAGCCCUAGCAAGUGGUUGAGGUAGAUAAUAUACAGGCAUGUGAGAACAAACGGAUAUGUAUAUGAUGUAAUGUUUCUCUCUGGAACAUUUGAUGAGGUUCCCACUCUUAACAAAUUUUCAAAAUAAUACAAAACGGCAACACAAAGGAUUCG